CCUGCAGAGAUGACUGUCAACGUAAAGUACACUACAGACUGCAGCAGGCCAGCAAAUAGUCUGUUUAAUUUGGAGGAAACACCUUGGACUCGACUUUGACAGCUUCUUCCCUGCGUGCUGACGUGAACAAAACGAGCCAACCGGCAAGCCAACGCUAAAGCUAUUCUAUGUCCACAGGUUGCAGUAAGCAGUGAGCUGUCAGCUCUGUCCUCUGACUCCAAGCAGCUGGGGAGAUGUGAGAAGGGGUCAUGCCUCUGGUGAAGAGGAACAUUGAGCCUCGGCACCUGUGCCACAGUGCCGUGCCCGAUGGAAUUGGCAACGAGCUGGAAUGUGUAACCAACAACACGCUGUCCGCUAUAAUUCGACAGCUCAGCAGUCUGAGUAAGCAUGCAGAAAAUGUUUUCGGGGAGCUUUUUAAUGAAGCCAACACCUUUUACGUGCGCGCAAACUCUCUUCAGGAUCGAAUUGACCGCUUGGCCAUCAAAGUCACCCAACUAGACUCCAGUGUGGAGGAGGUUUCCCUUCAAGACAUAAACAUGAGGAAGGGCUUCAGAAGCUCGAGUGUCCAGGACCAGCAGGUUUUAUCCAAGGGCAGCCUUCCUAGUGCUGUAGCCGACAUGUACAACAGCAGUGACAGACCUCCUCCUCUCAGCAACCUCACUGCUUACAGAGAGGAUUCUACUGAUGCAAUGAAAUACUACUCUGACCCAUCAUACUUUUUUGACCUGUGGAAAGAGAAAAUGCUUCAGGACACAGAGGAGAAGAGGAAAGAAAGGCGGAGGCAUAGGGAACAGAAGCGAUGUGUGGACAGCAGCACCAUUCAGCGUGAGGUGAAGAAAGUCAGAAAGGCACGAAACCGCAGGCAGGAGUGGAACAUGAUGGCGUUUGAUAAAGAGCUCCGUCCAGAUCACAGACAUCCACAGAGUCUCAGGCGAGGAGCAUCAUCUGAGGGCUCCCUUUCGCCAGAUGGGAGGCCUGACCUCUUAGAUUACCCCAUCCCUCCAGUGCCUGCCCAUGCUGCUUGUAACUCUGCCAAGUCUCACGUUCCUGGGAACACGCAUCCCUCACCACCUGUGGAGCAUGAAUACCAAAGCAUUGAUGUCAACUACAAGAGAGUAACCUAUGCCGCAGCAGAGCCUCGUGCUGCAGACCGAAUGAACGGUUCAAUUCGUCUCCCUGCAGAUUACAAGUCUAUCCCACCACCUCCUGCCCCCGGCCCUCCAAUCCCAUCAGCCCAGACAGCCUUUGGUUUUCCACUGGGUGCACAUCCUCCAGCGCCACAUAAUGGCGUUGGGCACGCGGGCCCGGGCUGCCCACUCCCACCAAUACCUCCUCCAGGGAAUCACACGGUCCCUCAACCCCCGGGUCCCCCACCUCCUCCUCUCCCUCCGCCAUCUGCACCCUCACACCUAGCGGGACACAGUGAAGGCUGCAGACGUGAGACCAAACCUGUGAGAGACGCAAGAAGUGACCUGCUGUCUGCCAUCCGCAUGGGCAUCCAGUUGAAGAAAGUCCAAGAGCAGCAGGAGCAGCAGAGCAAGCGGGAGCCGGUGGGGAACGACGUAGCCACCAUCCUUUCCCGACGCAUUGCAGUUGAGUACAGCGACUCUGAGGAGGACUCUGAGCUUGAUGAGAAUGAGUGGUCGGACUGACAAAACACUGCAUUGGUCUUUUCUCCACUGGAUCUUCAGCACAGAUGAAAGAAAACUGUGAAACACUCCAUCUAGCUCCAUCUAGUGGAGUCUUUGUACCAAGCCACUACUGCCAAAAUACCUCUACCUUGUAGUUUUUAUUUCUACUUUCAUAAUAAA